AUGGAAUCAUCAAGUGGUAUCAAUAUUGACGACGACACCGGAAACCUCACCGGCGGCGGAGACCACGGCCGGUUCAAGUACUGCUACGCUAACUGGAUGGCACAACAAGAAGAUGACCUAGAACUACUCUUCCGUACUCUGUCCUCCGACUCCGAUCCUCAUAAUAAUGACGCAAAUCUGAUGGCCGCGGUGGAAUCGGUGUUGGGUCAUCUUCAGGAUUACUUGGAUAAUCGUGGGUCUCAGUCGGCUCGAUGUGAAUCGCCGUGUUUGUUUCUUCCGUCGUGGUGCACGGAUUUCGAGAAGUCGAUCCACUGGAUGGGUGGCUGUCGAGCCACUAUGUGUAUCAGGUUGGUGUAUGCUCUUUCUGGGUUGGAGUCGGAGGCUGAAGCGCCGGUGAUGGAGUAUCUCCGGCUCCGGGGAGGAAGGAGGGAGAAUCUUGGCAAGAUUUCUGAUCAUCAGUUUAAUCUUAUCAAAACCCUUCAAAUCAAAACCAUCAUGGAAGAAGAUAAACUCUCUGCUCAAAUGGCUAUUUUGCAGGGGCGCAUCGAAGAUGAGCGGCUAUCGAGAAUUGGCAAUUGCUCGAGGGAAAUGGGGGAUUCGAGAGCAGUAGAGAAGUUGUUGAAAGAUGCGAACAAACUGAAGAUGGACACAAUAAAAGAGCUGCUUACCAAUAUUCUAACACCAAUUCAGGCAGUGGAUAUGUUGGUGGCCUCGAAGAAACUUCAUCUCUUCCUCCCUCAAUGGGACAAGACCAGGGACCAAAUCCUUAAUGCACCAAAUCCCUGA